GAAAGGGGGGUGAGGAGGACGAACCAAACAAAGCACCGCGCGUCCUAGCGUUCGUCUUCGUGCCUGUGCUCAUUGGCUAGUGGAGCCUGAGGUACGUCGCUCUCUGAUUGGUCGGACCUUGCUGUGGGAGGAGUCGGAAAAAGCAGCUGUCAUGGCGGAGCUGAGUGAAGCGCUACUCUCUGUACUGCCAUCCAUCCGGGUCCCCAAGGCCGGAGACCGCGUCCAUAAGGAUGAGUGCGCCUUCUCCUUCGACACCCCGGUAAGCUCCCGUAGGAAAGCGCCGGGCGCCGGAGGGAGCCCCCGUUGUCGCCGUAGACUCCGGCCGCCCAGGCUGUGGGAGCGGGGUGGGGGGAGGAGGUUAGCGUAGCCGGGCGCAAGGCACCAUGGGACUUGUAUUUUUCCCGGGGCGUGACGUCCCUUUCGAACCUGCUGCCAGGGAGCCGAAAGAGCACUACAGGUCCCAGCAGGCACUGCGGCCCAGUCACCUUUUCCUUUUUUCAGUUGCUUGCAAUACGCUUGGCUUACUGGGGAUUGUAGUUCUGAGGGAGGCCGCCGCCUUCCUCUUGGCUUAGGCCCGCGCCUUGCCUGCGGGCGCCCCACCCCGCCGCUUUCCUGGCCCCUUAUCCCUCUGACAGGCCGCCUCAGCCGUUCUGAAGAGAUACAAGGCAGUGCCGCUUCGAAGCUGAGGGGCGCGCGCGGCAUGCUGGGAGCUGUAGUUCUCGCGCCCGGCUGCCGGCUGUACGGCUGCGCUUCGCCGGACUACUGAAGUCUCUGGAACUAUCGGGGCGGGGCAUGCUGGGAAACGGAGUCCCUCUUAGUUGUGUGCUUGGCGGCGGCGACCCCCCCAGAAAACUGCAAAUCCCGAAGUCCUUUGCGGCGGGGGAAAGGGCAACGUUAGGCCUCUCAAUUUCGAAUCGCACGUGUGCUGCAUCACUGGCUCUGCAGCCACACCUUUUACAUGGGAUUGAUGCGACGAGGUCCUGAGCCUCUGGCAUCCGAGGUUUUCGUCUGUUUGUUUGUUUGUUUGCUUGCUUAUUUGUUUUGUUUUUCUUUUCAUAGUUUUUUUAAAAUAAUUUGAUUGAUUUCCAUUAUAUAAAAACCACACACAACUUAUACUAAGCUGGGAUCAGUCAGUCGGUAAUAAUAAUAAUAUUUUUUUAUUUAUACCCCGCCCUCCCCAGCCAUGACCGGGCUAACAACCAAUAAUAAAAACAAGUUGAUUAAAAUACAAUUUAAAAGAUUAAGAUACAACAUUAAAACAUUAGGAUGCAGUCUCUUCAUAGGAGGAGGAAGGAAAAAGAAAGAGGGGGAGGAAAUCAAACUGAUUCUAAGCCAAAGGCCAGGUGGAACAACUCUGUCUUACAGGCCCUGCGGAAAGAAAUCAGAUCCCGCAGGUCCCUGGUCUCAUGAGGCAGAGCGUUCCACCAGGCCGGAGCCAGUGUUGAAAAGGCCCUGGCUCUGGUUGAGGCUAAUCUAACUUCCUUAGGGCCCGGGACCUCUAGAGUGUUGCUAUAUAUGGACCUUAAGGUCCUCCGUGGGGCAUACCAGGAGAGGCAGUCCCGUAGGUACAUGGGUCCUAGGCCAUGAAGGGCUUUAAAGGUCAAAACCAGCACCUUAAAUCCGACCCUGUACUCCACCAGGAGCCAGUGCAGCUGGAAAAGCACUGGGUGAAUGUGCUCCCAUGGCAGAGACCCUGUGAGGAGCCUCUCUGCAGCAUUAUGCACCCGCUGGAGUUUCUGGGACAGCUUCAAGAGCAGUCUCACAUAGAGCAAAUUACAGUAGUCAAGCCUGGAGGUGACCAUCGCAUGGAUUGAUGCGACAAGGUCCUGAGCCUCUGGCAUCCAAGGUCUUCGUUUGCUUGUUUAUUUGUUUUGUUUUUCUUUUCAUAGUUUUUUUAAAAUAAUUUGAUAGAUUUCCAUUAUAUAACAACCACACAUACAACUUAUACUAAACUGGGAUCGUUCAGUCGGUAGAGCACGAGGUUCUUAAAUCUCAGGGUUGCGGGUUCGAGCCCCACCUUGGGCAAAAGAUUCCCGCAUCGCAGGGGGCCAGACUAGAAGAUGACCCUCAUGGCCCCUUCCAGCUCUACAAUUCUGUUAUUUUUAUUUAUUAAAUUUGUAUACCGCCCUUCGUCUAAAGAUCUCAGGGUGGUUCAUAGCCUAAAAAUACAGACCAAGAACACAAAAUAAAUAAUAAAAACAAGAACGAACCAAACCAAUACCUUCCCUGUCCAAACACGUUUAAAAGGACAUAGAAUGUUGAUCAGUCAAAGAUCUGGUUGAAGAGGAACAUUUUCGUCUGGUGUCUAAAGGUGUAUAAUAAAGGCACCAGACGAACCUGCUAUGAUUCUAUGUAAUAGCAACAAUGAAAAAAAUCUCUUAAGUAGCUUAUAUAAAAAUGAUUUUAAAAAAUAACACUGCAUUCAAUGUAAUUUCCUAAGAAAUAUAUAUAAACUGAACUCAACAGUAUAUCACAGAUAAAGCUGAGCAGUGUACAAAACAAAAAUUAAGAGUCAUGGAGAGUGUCGGUAAACGUGUAUGUUUAGUGCUCUGAGGUCAUUACUGCCUCCAUCUCACAAAUUGCCUAAAGGUGGGCGUUCCAGAGGGUGGGAACAGUUACAGAGAUGGCUUGCUUUCAUGUUGGCACCAACUGGCAAUCUGCUGGUCAUUGAACGGCCAGAAGCGUCUCCUUGAAAGAUCAGCUUGGGGACAUGGGCUGGCCACUGUGAGACUGUACAGUGUGCUAGACUAGAUGGGCCAGAAGAAUGAGUCUCUUCUAAACAACAGGAGAGUAGCCUCCUUUUUCUUAGCUCCCCACAAGCCUCCACAAAUGGGUAGGAAGGGAUUGUUUGAGGCACUUGACUGGGGCUGUUUGGUUGCAAUAAUUGGCAGCUUUGGGGACCCUGUCUGACAGGUUCUCAUUUGCAUUAUCACAUUCCAGGCCUCUCCAAACAUAGAUUGUUUCUACUAGCUGGGGAAAUAAUAAUAAUUUCCCAGCAACGGUGUGUUGCAGUUUGAGUCUUAUGAAAAUACGACAUUCCUGGGACAGAAAUUCUGGGGAGACAUAAUGAAUCCUUCACAACGAACAUGAUCAGAAAAAGUGCAUUUGAGACUAGCUGGCAGUCAUCAGGAAAAGCCCUGUGUCAUAAGAGAUGGCUGUAGAGUGAUUUUUGACACUGACAGGGUGAUGUCUAUCAUUUGGCAUGUUGUUCGCAUUCACCAGUACAGAACUAAUGCCACACGUAUUGUCAAGAUAGGGAUAAGCAUUCAGAUCUCACAAAAUCUGUCUCAAGCAGUUGGAUUCAAGGCCUCCUUAUCUGUAAUUUGGAAUCUAGGUGGCAAUGGUCAAUACCCACACGCUAUACUGUUUUAAAGCACCAUGCGUCUUGAUGGGAUUAUAUUAAAUAAAAAUCUGUAUUCUUUCAGAAACAGGUGCUGUUGUCUGCUAUGUUUGAGUUUAACACUACAUUAAAUCUCAAUCCCAGAAAGGACUUGAAUGCCAUAUUUCUACUGUUGCCCAUUACAAUAUUGCACAUGGACCCAAAUUUCCUGAAAAUGAUAUGCAGCAGUACUGUCCAUAGGUAGAUUUGGAAUCAAACAUCCUAUAAUAAAAAGACUGAUCUGCUUUUAAGAAAAAAUGGAAACAAAAUGUUCGAUUUCAGAAUAGGGAUGCUUCACCACGCACACCUCAAACCAUGUUCUACCUUGCGGGGAAGAGUUUGAGAAACAGCAGCUACCUGAGAUUUAUCCAGCUUUGGGUGUUUUCAUGGUGCCUAAUACAAACUGCUAUUGGAGGAUGUGUUCAGAAAAUCUAGCGCUGUGCCUGUUACUCGGUUCACUCUUUUAACUGUCAGAAUUAUCCAAUUAAUUUAAAAGCAACUUUUACAAGUUGUAAAAAAUCCUGCAUAUACUUUCUAUGCAACAGAAGUUCUUCCCCAGGUUCAGCUUCACCAAUUGAUUAGGAUUUAUUGUGAUAACCAGAUCAAAAGUUUUUUAAUGAGGACACACCCGGUGUUCGCAAUUAGCCAGGCACAUUCUGCAUCUGGCUUUUGACCAUUUGCGGCCAAGUGAAGAUGGCUGGGCGCCAGGAUGGCACCUGAUGUCUCAACCAGCUGGAGGUGCGUGCCUGGCGGUCCUUAGAUCUUGCCUGUUUUCACAAACUAAUCCCCCAGCCUUUAGAAUUCUAUCAGUUAUAUUUUAUUUUCUGCACAAUCGGAAUGAAUUUUUGGAACCAAAAUACUUUUUCUGUGCAGCCUGAGCAGGAGCAGUCACCAUUAAGAAAAAAAGAGGUAGGAAUAGGACUAUAUACGUGGACUGUCCCUGAAUCAAGGGACUUUUCUUCUUUAAGCUCUCAAAAGUUCUUAACCUAGCUCAAGGCUGCCAUCUGAACUAGCCAGAUGUUUAAAUGAUAAUCGCAUUCAGUUAAAAGAUCAUUUUAUCAUUUAAAAUAUAAGACUUAAGCGCUGUCUUGCCCCCAAAUAGCAACUGGACUUUCUGUUUUGGCGGCUGCAACCUUGGUUUAAGAAUCCAUUUGGCGCCCAGCUUAUAUAUCUGAAUUUUUAACACUGGAUACACGCCCAGUCAGUGGGGAUAAAAGAGGAGAGCACUGGUUGUUCACUGAGAUGAAUAUUGUACUGCUUCCUGGACAGUAAAAGCAGCCUAGACCACAGGAGGGAGGGAGGCUUGCAGUCCAGUGUCUGCCUAAGGAGGGUGAUUCCUGGCAGCAGGUCAGAUGUUUGAGGGUGGAGCACAGCUGCAUAAGGAGCCAGACGGCAACUAUUACUCAGCAAGCAGAAACCAGGAAUAUAGGAGUAGACUGGCAACUUUCUCUCCAACACAGAAUGAUUGUGAUAGCACAGAGACUGCUUGGCCUGAAAGAGAGUCUGGUAAGGCUCUUCUCCAAAGAUCAGCUUCAUCUCUUCUCCCUUCCCUGCUGCUCUUUAUCUGCCUGCCACAUUCCUGGGAGCAAAGAUGCCCAGGAGGCUGGUUCAUCUUGAGCGAGUGUCUGGCCAUGCUGGGAUUUGUGGGAUUGGAAGAAAAAUGGAUCGACAACCGAUCUGCCUUGAGUAGCAUCCUUAACCUCUGUGCAGAAAGCCGGUCCAUGAAAUAAAUAAAAAAAUUGCAAAUAUAACCGGGGGAGGGGGAGGAUAGAAAAAUAAUAGGCUAACAGUAACAACAGAAAUAUUCCAUCAUAUGUAACUUAAAUGAAUAGAUUGAUAUAUGCAGUUCAUAUGUCCAAACAGGCAUCUAAACAAGACUGACAAUUGUAAGCCAGCCCUAAGCUUUAUCAAGUUACACAGGGGUAAAAGGCAAUGCAGAAGAACACACCAAAUGACCUGUCUCUUUCUCGAUCUUCAUAGUUACGCUUUACUCAAAACUUUAAGCUUUUUCCUUGGGUCUUUGAUGUCUCAUGAAGUGUUUAAAAAUAAUAAUAAAUAGCAAGUAUCAAAUCACUGCAUGAAUCUAUUGCGUGCUCACACUCACAUUUAGGCACUAAACCAGACCAUAGCUAAGCAUGAGCGUGUGGGUACUCACAGCCAAAGUCACAGCUGCUUUGCUUCUCCCUCAGUUCUGCUGCUGCUGAGCUACCCAGAUUGAAGCCAUGGUUUGGCUUUGUUUUGUUUUAAGUGUUAAGCUGGGCUCGUGGUUUGUCUCGCUCCACACAAACCACAAGCUGCAGCCAAGGUAUGUUCUUCACUAACUGCUGGUGGUUUGUCUGAAGGAUACAAACCACAAGCCCUAGUUCAAACAUAACACUAAGCCAAACUGUGACUUAGCUACAGGUAACGGGUAGUUCAGCAGCAGGAGGACCAGAGGCAGAACAAAAGCGGCUGCGAUUUUUCCUCUGAAUACAUUUGUGUGUUCACAUUUUGAUAUGAUUUGUUUUAUAUGAACUCAACCUUAGAAUACUUUGUGUGUGUGGUUCUGGUUCCUCUGUCUCCAAAACAUCAUUGGCUGAGUAGGCUAUGGAAAAUGAUAACUAAAAGAUAGUCCAGAGAGGAAGCAGCCUCGCACCCUGUGACAAGUGAAAAUGCCUCAAACCUGGAAAUCCUCCAUAUUAAAGACAAGGGACAAAACGUGACGUAGACCUCUAAUUUGAACCACUUCAGUUUGAAUGGCUUGAAUGAUGUUCCACUUAAAAUCGCCCAUGCACAUGUCAAGCUGGUAUGUUGACACAAUGGUUUCAGUCUAUCCUUCUCACUGGCACACUUAACUGUGCAGGCUUUUAAUUUAAACUGUGCGGGGGGAGGACAUGCAAACAUUUGAUUUCCCCGCUUGUAGAAUCUGGUCCACUCCAGUGCAGACUGUGCAGCUUGGUUUGUAGGCUGGAUUUGGUUUUCAAAUGCAGUUUGUAGACUGGGCUGCCUUUAGGCCCCGAUUCUGAAGAGUGCAGAAAAACAACAACACAGAAUGUAGUGUUGGGUGUAGAACUCAGCUUCCUGAAGAUUGCACAGAUGUGCUUGGAAGUUGUGUGGCAAAGAGCCUGGAAUCUUUAAGAAAUUGUUAAAAACGAGAGAUUUGCAGAUGGAAUACAUUUGGAUAGCUUAGGCUGCGGGCUUUUAGCUUUUGGGGGCAUAGAAUCUUUGUGAUAUUGUUGUUUAAAAAAAAAGUUGGAUUACUCAUGGCACUGCAGACUCAUCAACAACCCCUCAACCCCCAUACCUGUUGAAUGUCCUCGUAUUUCUAUUCUACAGGAGUCUGAUGGAGGCUUGUAUAUUUGCAUGAACACAUUCCUGGGCUUUGGAAAGCAAUAUGUGGGGAAGCAUUAUGAGAAAACAGGUCAGCGAGUUUAUCUACAUCUUAAGAAGACACGCAAGUUGGUAAGACUAGCUGGCUUUCUAUCUUAUGCGCUUGAACUGCUUGAGCUGAGAAAGUGGGGUUCACGUGUUUAACUUUCUGAGCAGGGGAAGAAAUUCUAGGUCCCAAUGGCUACUGCCUUGUGGGCUGUGGCCCAGUCUUUGGGAUGGCUUCCUAACUACCUCCCUCUUGAUUUUCCUCCAGAAAGAAGAAGAUACCAACUCCAGCUCCGGAGAUCCUCCUAGGAAGAAACCAACGCGUCUAGCUAUUGGUAAGCAACUAUCCCUGCUCCUCUUUGGUACCCUGAGGAUGAAGUCCUUGCAUAUAUUUGGGCUACAGUUUUCCUAGUAGUAAAGACUGCAGGAAAGCUGAUAUUUCCCAUUCCCUUUUAGAUCAUACAUGUCCUAAGCUGGGGGCUCUGAUGAUGUGGAGUCUGGUGUUUGGCUCAGACUUCUGCUUCCUGAUCUUAUGUUGUCUCUUGCACCUCUCAUUUGCUGCUGUUAUGCUUCUUUUUUGGCAGGCGUGGAAGGUGGGUUUGACAUCCCGGAGGAGAAAUAUGAGUAUGAUGAAUAUGUCAAAAUAGUCAUUUUACCAGAGCACUUGGAUAUUCCUCGAGAUGGACUGGAGGGUCUGCCAGAUAUGGUCAAGGACAGGGUAGGCUCUCUGUUUCAUCGGAAUGGGGGGGGGCAGUCCUGGAUUGUUUGUUGGGGGCAGAAGAAAGGCCAAGUACUGGGGCUUGGCGGGGGGGGGGGGAAGUAUCGAGGUGCCUUGGCAGAACUCUGUCUGCAGGUGCAAUGCAGGUGUGUGGGUUAGGAGACACUGGAAGGCUGACCCUCUCCUCUUGCCCAUUCAGAUUUCCAGUGCAAUUGAAGCGAUUCUGACAGCAGACUCUGCCUCGCGGAAGCAGGAGGUGCAGGCCUGGGAUGGGGAGGUUCGGCGUGUGUCAAGGCACGCCUUCUCACUGCAGCAGCUCCAGAAUGCCGUGCGUAUCCCUCCUUGGUGAGUUUGAUUGCAAAGUCUCAGCAUAAUAAUACAAUUAAGAAUAUUUAUUUAUUUAUACCCUGCCCAUCUGGCUGGAUUUCCCGAGCUACUCUGGGUGGCUCCCAACAGAAUAUUAAGAACACAUUAAAACAUCAAAAACUUCCCUAAACGGGGUUGCCUUCAGAUGUCUUCUCAAAGUCAGAUAGUUGUUUAUUUCCUUGACAUCUGAUGGGAGGGCGUUCCACAGGGCAGACACCACUACCGAGAAGUCCCUCUGCCUGGUUCCCUGUAAACUCACUUCUUGCAGUGAGGGAACCGCCAGAAGGCCCUCGGAGCUGGACCUCAGUGUCUGGGCUGAACGAUGGGGGUGGAGACGCUCCUUCAGGUAUACUGGGCCGAGGCCAUUUAGGGCUUUAAAGGUCAGCACCAACACUUUGAAUUGUGCUUGGAAAUGUACUGAGAGACAAUAUAGGUCUUUCAGGACCGGUGUUAUUUGGUAUCGGUGGCUGCUCCUUGUCGCCAGUCCAGGUGCCGCAUUCUGGAUUAAUUGUAGCUUCCGGGUCACCUUCAAAGGUAGCCCCACGUAGAGCGCCUUGCAGUAGUCCAAGUGGGAGAUAACUAGAGCCUGCACCACUCUGGCAAGACAGUCUGCGGGCAGGUAGGGUCUCAGCCGGCAUACCAGGUGGAGCUUGGUAGACAGCUCCCCUGGACACAGAAUUGACCUGCGCCUCCAUGGACAACUGUGAGUCCAAAAUGACUCCAUCCCUCUGCUGAGUCCCGUAGCAGGAGGAAGGGACUCCUUUGACGCUUGCCAAGUCUUCCCGCCUGCUCUCACCUGAGGAUGCAAGCCCGCAAAUUCUCCAGGAAGGAGACAGGCUUGCGUGUGUGCCUAUGCCCGGGCUUGCUUGUACAUGGCUGCCUGCCUGCCUGUUCCUGGUGGGCUGAAAGUCGCAGUGGCUGAGAGAAGUCGCUUAUCCCCCACCUGUUUCCAUUGCCAGUGGCUGGAAGUGCAGCAAGUGCGACAUGCGCGAGAACCUGUGGCUCAACAUGACCGAUGGCUCCAUCUUGUGUGGACGACGCUACUUUGACGGUAGCGGGGGCAACAACCACGCAGUGGAACAUUACCGGGAAACGGGCUACCCAUUGGCCGUGAAGCUGGGAACAAUCACUCCUGAUGGAGCUGGUGAGCGAAGUGUCUAGCUGAGGCUGCAGCCAAGUCUCUGUCCUGACAAUGUGGGAAUGUUAAGGAUAGUAGGAAAGGAUGUAUUGAAUGAGUAUUAUCCCUCCCUCCCUCACGCUAGUGAAGUGAUGUAGCAGAGCAAAUUCCCCUCAAUAUAGCUGGAAGCUAGUUUGCAGGUUUGUUUGAAUCUCUUAGUUAAGAUUAUUUCCUGGUGUCCCAUUUGACAAUAAUUAUUAUUAUUAUUAUUAUUAUUAUUAUUAUUAUUAUUUGUACACCACCCUCCCCGGCCGGAGUCAGACCCAGAGCGGCUAACAUCAUAUAAAUAAUACAAUAUGCAUAAAAACAUAAGACACAAAAGUCUUUCUGAGUAAAGUAACAAAAAGUUUACUCACAUUUCAGUUCACGAUUUGGUCCCUGAAAGGCAGGCUCUGCUUAGUAUUUACACAAACAGACAGUGAGUUCAUCUCAUAUGGAGACUGAACUCAUGUGCUGCUGGCUGAGAGCCAGCAGACAGCAGAAUUACAUUAAUAGAACAAAAUGGCUGCAGGAGAACAGCAUUACAGCAAAGAACAGUAAGCAAGAGAGCAAGCGAAGCAAGACAACAGACUGAGAAAAUGGCUGCAUGAUGGCUCUUUUAUGGAGUCAGCCACGCCCAUCUCCCAGGUCACAUGCAGGGGGAAGAUGCUCCAGUCCAGUGGAACAGGAAGUUACAGGAAUGUUGCAUUUGACUGUACCAAUGGAUUACAUCCUGCAGACAAGACAGGUGCUAGAAUAGUUUUUGGAGUCUGUGGCCACGGAUAGAUUCUCUUGUUUGUGCUCUUGCUAUGAAGCAGUUACAGUCAUAGGGGUCUGCAUGAAGCCUUUGUUGCCUGGGCCCAAGGACAGUUUGGGUUGGUACUGACUCCUCUUUUCCCCACCAACUUGAAGUGAGCACGGCUAUUCUUGCACAUGCCAACAUUCUUCCACGAUUGGGAGGCCUGCUAGGGCAGUUGGUUUGCUACAUAUCCUAGAAGCCUGCCUUGCUCCACCAGGAAUGACCACAUGUUCUUGGGGCAGGGGAGUCAGAAAUGAGUUUUGCUACACGCCCUUGCAUGCAAACAGGCUCUGGCAGACUGAGCAGAUGAGACUAAUAGUCGGUCCAGUGGUCAAGAAGGCGGUUUCUGCACCUGCUGUAGAGGGAAGUGAGGGGCAGAUGGGGCUCAUCAACCUAGGAAGGUAGCCCCUCUAGAAGAAGGAAAACUCUGAUCCUAAACCUCCGCUGCCUUGCAGGAUCUCUGCUGUUAUUGAGCAUAGGUGCUUCACAGUUAAUGAGAGACAUAUAUUUCUGCACAACUGGAAGGCCUGGCUCUUUGCCCACAUUUUGUACGAAGGAAAGGUUUUGGACAUACAGUCAUACCUUGGUUGUCGAGCGGAAUCUGUUCCGGAAGUCCAUUCGACUUCCGAAAACGUUCAACAACCAAGGCGCGGCUUCCGAUUGGCUGCAGCAGCUUCCUGCACUCAGUUGGAAGCCACGUUGGACGUUCGGCUUCCAAAAAAUGUUCACAAACCACAGCACUCACUUCCAGGUUGAUGGCGCUUGGGAACCAAAACGGAUGAGUACCAAGGCAUUCAACAAGCAAGGUACAACUGUACCUUGGUUUUGCAAGGCCUUGAAGAGCCAGAUCAGCUUACUUAAACAACUGAGUGUGUCCCAUCAGCUGCCAGUUGGCAGACCUUCUCGACCAUGAGCUGCAACCAUCCCUUCCAUAAGUAAUAUGGGCCAAUAGUAUUGUACAUUAAUCCUGCAAAAUAGGCGUAUAAAAGAUUUAAUGUUGAAAUUUUAAGUAGCAUUUUUUGCAUGCAGCUUUCAAAAACGACACCCCUGCCCUGCAUUACUCAAAGUGCAGUCAAAGAUAGUUCAUCUUCUCUCCUGUAUUUUUAAAAAAUAAUAGGACUGCUGGGGACCAGAUAGAAUUUAUCUUGCUGGCUCAAGCAGCAUUCAACCUGCUGGGCUGCCCCAGGUGGUCAUCCCUGCUCUUGAGGAUUUCUGUAGGUGGAACAGCACCAAAAAGCUGUUGGUUUCCACCUCCCCUCCCAAUGUUUCCUUUCUCCUUAGAUGUCUAUUCAUACGAUGAAGACGACAUGGUUUUGGACCCCAACCUGGCAGAGCACCUGGCUCAUUUUGGGAUUGACAUGCUCAAAAUGCAGAAGGUGAGAAGGGGCGAUGGGAGUGUUGCUUCCUGCCCUGAGAUUUUCAUGGCCACUCGGGCUUGAGAUUUUCACAUGUGACACUAGGAUGGGAUAUGGAUUUGCCACUGGAGUAGCUCAAAGGCUUUCGGACAAAUUGGGAUCGAGAGAGAGAGAGAGACUGCCUGUUGUCGUUUAGUCGUUUAGUUGUCUCCGACUCUUCGUGACCCCCUGGACCAGAGCACGCCAGGCACUCCUGUCUUCCACUGCCUCCCACAGCUUGGUCAAACUCAUAUUCGUAGCUUCGAGAACACUGUCCCACCAUCUUGUCCUCUGUCCUCCCCUUCUCCUUAUGCCCUCCAUCUUUCCCAACAUCAGGGUCUUUUCCAGGGAGUCUUCUCUUCUCACAAGGUGGCCAAAGUAUUGGAGCCUCAGCAUCAGGAUCUGUCCUUCCAGUGAGCACUCAGGGCUGAUUUCCUUAAGAAUGGAUAGGUUUGAUCUUCUUGCAGUCCAUGGGACUCUCAAGAGUCUCCUCCAGCACCAUAAUUGCCUGUUACCAACUCCUAAUGCCAGACUGUGGCCAGAAUAAUUCUUCUGUCUUUGAUUCAAUGUUUUAGCAAGAUAAAUUCCAAGUAGCCUAGAUGGAGAGUGGGGAGAGGGCUCUUGAGUUCUUUGUAAGCUUUCUCACAUGCCGCCUUUGUUGUGACUUACUCCAUUAAUUUUCCCUGGAUCAGCAACUCUUGGGGGAGGGGCAUUUUCUGAGCAUUUUCUGUGGUUCUUUCUUCCCAGACUGACAAGACGAUGACAGAGCUAGAGAUUGACAUGAACCAGCGGAUUGGUGAGUGGGAGCUGAUCCAAGAGUCCGGGGUUCAGCUCAAGCCACUCUAUGGCCCUGGCUACACAGGCAUCCGUAACCUGGGAAACAGCUGCUAUCUCAACUCAGUAGUGCAGGUGUUGUUCAGCAUACCAGAUUUCCAGCGGAAGUAAGUGACCUGGAGGAGGCCUCCAUUGUGCCUGUAGCUGCAGCAAAUUGUAUUGAAUCACUUCUGAGAGUGCAAACAGAUAUCACCUGUAAUAUAGCAAUCUUAACACCUUCAGAGAUGAGAGCAUAGCGUAGUAUGGUGUCAUUUUAGAGGGUGAAACAUAAUUUUUGCAAGUUUCUUCAGCUGAAGGGUCUCAAAAAUAUGUUUUUGGGUGUGAGGAAUUCAAAUCUGCUAUUAUUUUUAUGAUUAGACAACAUUUAGCUUGGUAUGUCUGCGUUUGAUGAAGAGGCACAAAUGGCUUUUGGAAAAACAAAGAAAUUUUAUUUUGCCUUCUGAAAAUGUCAGGCAAUACUAAAUAAUAAUAAGAGGAAGCAACAAUAUGAAGCAAUAAUAAGCAAUAAAAAUAAUACUAAUGUAUCUAACUGCAGAUAUUUGGCAAUCAUUUUUAAUGAUUUCUUUGAAAUUUUACACACAUUUUACUUACCAAGCAAAACUAAAUUAUAUCGAUUUAACCAAAAUAUCUUUUGAAUUCACAAGGUAUGUUACAGCAUUUUAGCUCUCUUCAUUUUUGGAAUUUGAAAGUUGAAAAAAAAUCAACGUGUCCUGAUAGCGUAGCCCACGUUCAUUCUCUCUGCUUCUAAUUAAGUUAAAAUAAACCAUUUGUGGGCCUUGUCUAAAGCUUUGUACAUCUAGCAGACCUACAAAAUUCGGAUAAUGAUUUUCAGUGAGUUUUGUUGCUGUUGUUCAGUGUGUACCCUGCCACACCUCAGGCACUGGGAAUGGGCGAGAGUUCAUCAGUCACAAAACCGCUUGCCACAGUUCUUUAAUUAAAGCCCACCCUCCUUGCUUCUGGCUAUCAGAAGCCAACUUGAAUGAAAACACACUGCUUCCGGAAGCCAUGCCAAACAGGAGUCUCCAGAGGAAGGAUAUUUCAGAGCUGAGGGGCAGCUAUCUCUCUCAGCAUUAUUCAAGUUGGUACCUAAGCAAGGUCAUAUUCAGGGGACAUUCCAACUCCAAACAUGCAAUAGAGACCCAAAAGCAAGAGAUGUUUCUCUACUGCUCCAAGGCCAAGACAUGCGCAUUAUUAUUAUUUUCACAAAACGAGGUUGAGAUUAUUUGGGCCCCCAAACCCCUGAAUCUUGCCAGCUCUGCUGUUCUGAAUUAUGCAACCGUGGGUUCACUGAACUGUUCUUUUUCGUUUGCUUGCUUGCAUUCUAGGUAUGUAGACAAGCUAGAGAAAAUAUUCCAAAAUGCUCCUGCUGAUCCGACACAGGACUUCAACACCCAAGUGUACGUAGUGCUCUUUCUGUCAUGGGCUGCAUUCCCUCGGGGGUUGUCUGUGUUAGCGGCUGCUGCGCUGCUAGCGGGGUACAGCCACCCCUUCUCUCUCUUUCUGCCACAUGCCACACCCCUUUCUUCCUCCCUCUCCCCAGCCAAUGGAUUGCCAGAGGAGAGUCAGACAGAUCUCUCUUGCCAGAGGUCUGAGCUGAUGGAUGGCAGAAGGCCUUCUGCCUCCUGACCCACAUCCAUUUCAGCUCCCCCCCCCCAUCACCUGUGAAACUAGACUGCUAGACCCCUGGGUGCCAGUCUCUGCCCCAAAGGGACAGGGUUGGGGACUAAAGUGAGGGGUUUCUUCCCUCUCUUGCUACUGCCCCUCAUGUUUGUCACUGUUUGCCAGUGAACAGAGUGUGCUCACUAAGCAAAAGCAGCGACAAUUUGAGAAACAUUCUGUGCUGAUUGGGGUGCUGCCACAUUUUGUAGAAUUGUGAGGGUUUAGAAAUCUAAGGACACAGCUAGAUUGGUAAAGAAAAGGUGUUUUAUGUGUGUAGUAUAUGCAUUAUAACACUGUGGCACCAGACUUGGGAGUUCCAUUUUUGCCAACCCGAUUUCUCAUACAAAGUUUAAAGCGUGUUUGCCUGAAACAGUUCUUUGAUGUGUCUAGAUCAGGCAUAGGCAAACGCAGCCCUCCAGGUGUUUUGGUACUACAACUCCCAUCAUCCCUAGCUAACAGGACCAGUCGUCAGAGAUGAUGGGAAUUGUAGUCUCAAAACAUCUGGAGGGCCGAGGUUGAGGAAGCCUGGUCUAGAUGCAGUCUGUUAAAAUGAAAUCCAAGAUUUUGGGAUUAUUAUUAUUUUUUAAAAAACCCUGAAUUGUGUGAAUUAGUUUUUGUUUCAGAUGUGGGGAAUCUUUGGCCCACCAGGUGCUGCUGAGCUAUGAAUUACAUCCGCCCAGCAAACAUGACUAAUAGCCAGGGAUGAUGGGAGUUGUAGUUCAGCAACACCCGGUGGGCCAAAGGUACAUCACACCUGUUCUUGAAAAGAAAAAGCUUUUAAGCAAAGGUUGGAUGGCUGUCUGUCCUGGAUGCUUUAGCAGAGAUUCCUGCACCUUAGAGUCCCUUCCAGCUCUAUAGCUCAAGGAAAAGCUGGAUGCCACCAAUCCUGAGAUCCCUAUCCCUUGGAAAAGACAUAUUGUACUGUUUGCAGAAUUCCUUGAACACGGUUGACACUGAGAGGCUCCUAAAUCACUCCAAGUAUUAGAGCCCAAACACUGAUCUUUUGUGUGAAGCGGGAGGUGCCCAUCAAGAUUUCAGCAGGCUACAAGGUUAAAACUCACAAGGUCAUGCUUUUAUUAUCCAUGUCAGGGCUGAUUACAUUUAUCUGCUUUUCCAGAGCCAAGUUGGGCCAUGGGUUACUCUCUGGGGAAUAUUCAAAGCCAGCUGCUUCAGAUGGAGAGCAGCAGCUGGACCAGAAGGUAGGGUUAUGAAGCCCAUUUGUCCCUGAGCUUGGAAGGAGGCUUCCUAAAUCAGUUACAGGCAGGGUGGAUAAAAAUAUAUAUAUAUUUUUAAUUUUAAAAUCAGAUUUUUAAAAUUUAAAUCGGAUUUUUUGGAUUUAAAUCAGAUUUUUAAAAUAAAAUGAUUUUGGAGAAAAAUUCCUUCUAAAGAUAGUUUUCAAAUUAAGUUAUAUUAUAGUCCAAAGGCUAUUCAUCAGGAAAUAAGGAUUUGUUUUAAGUUUUUCAUGUGUGCUAAAACUCAGUCUGUUUGUUUUUUAAAUUGUUUAACCACAUCAGUUAACAAACAUGGAUACAAAUGCUAUGAUGUUAUUGUUUUAGUUAAAUAAAUUGUUUCACUUGUUAUUAAGGAAAUGAUUACUUUUCUCCUUCCAAUAAAGUACAGCAGAAAAGUUGUCCAAAUAUGAACAGUUUACGUAGUAAACCUCACAAUAAUUUCAUAGUUAUCUGUCUUAAUGUAUUUCUAAUAGUAGAACCAAAUCAGUAAUUUUUGAUAUAGCUGUAAAAACUAUUCUGAAAAUUUACUAUUCCAAAAAUGAAACAUUCAUCUGGUUGUAAAGAUUAAGAUUAUACCAGCAAAAAUGAGUCUUUCUGUAAAAAAAAAAUUUAAAUCAAGUCUUACUGACUUGUGAUUUAAAUUGAUUUAAUUUAAAUCAAAUCCACCCUGGUUACAGAUCUCUCCUGGUUGAAGCAAAUGUCUCUUCUCCUUGCAGGGCAUUCAAGAUGGCAUCGCACCUCGAAUGUUUAAAUCACUUGUUGGCAAAGGUCAUCCAGAAUUCUCUACUAAUCGGCAACAAGACGCUCAGGAGUUCUUCCUGCACUUCAUUAACAUGGUGGAGGUAACAAUUCCCGGGCUUUAGGAAAUGGAUUUCUACUUAUACUGGAUAGAAAUGGCAGGAAGGGUACUUGGGCCGGUGACUAGGAGUUGUUUGGCAGGCCAGCACUGAAUGCUGCCACCAGAGGGAAAGAGGGAGAAGGCUGCUGACAGUAUUGUCAUUGGAAGAGAGGAAAUACCGUAUAUACUCGAGUAUAAGCCGACUUUUUCAGCACACUUUUUAUGCUGAAAAAAACCCCCUCGGCUUAUACUCGAGUAUAAGGAAUGUUGGGUGUGCCAUUGGCUUAGGCAGGGUGCUGUCUAGGCCCAAAAGAGUGCUUCCUCAACAGCCGAAGCAAGUGCUUUCCUGAAAGUCCAGAAGCCUGGAAGCUUUGGCAUAGGCUUUUAAAGGAGAGGCGGACAGAGUAGCUUUUGCUUGUUUGGAUCCUUGCUCCUGGAUCCUCUCCUCCAGUAUGUAUGCUGUUGCUGGCCCUAACGCCUCUCCUUCCUGUUCCCAUAUUUUCCUUCCUCAGAGGAACUGCCGUAGCUCCGAGAACCCCAACGAGGUCUUCCGCUUCUUGGUGGAGGAGAAGCUCAAGUGUUUGGCCACGGAGAAAGUGAAAUACACCCAGCGCGUUGAUUACAUCAUGCAGCUGCCGGUGCCCAUGGAGGCAGCGCUGAACAAAGGUGGGGAGCUGUGAUGUCACUGGUGUCUCCCCACCUCCCCUCCGUCCUUUGCAGACCUUUAUUUCUGUGCUCAAAGUGGUAUGUGCAAGAGCAAUGGUCUCCUUUCCACCCCAAGCAAAGCUUACUCUACCGCAACAUUUCCCGAACGUAGGUCUCGGACUGUUGGACUACAACUCCCAUCAUCCCUAGCUACCAGGACCAGUGGCUAGGGAUGAUGGGAACUGUAGUCCAAAAACAGCUGGAGACCCAAGUUUGAGAAACCCAGCUGUAUCAUUUCCCUGUGAUUUUCAUGAGGGUAAUGGCCAGCCAAUUCCCUUUUCCUUGCUCCACUCUGAAACUGGCCGAGCCUUGCUAUGAGGUUCUAGGAACACUAAAACCCUGUUCAUAGCAGCUGCCUCUGUGUCUCUCCACCUCUGCCCUAUCUGUCAUCUAGGGUGCAUGCACAUCAUGCACUAAGCAUGGAUUUAAGGGAGAGAAUACUGCAGAGCUUUUCCUGUGGUUUUUGUUGUUAUUAUUAUUAAUAAAAAAUUUAUACCACCCUUCACCCGAAUAAUAGAUAAUAACAAAUAAUAGAUAAAGAAUUUCAUCUGGAGUUCGCCAGCAACAGCACAAUUUAACACCCUGCACAAGGAUUUGUGUCUGGUUGGUAGCUGUUCUAAUCCUAAUUAAUCAAUGGCCGUUUAAACUGUUUGUGGCGGGGGGGUACUGUUUUUGUUUGUCACGAUGGUGUGUAUUUUUGGAACAUACCAGCAAGAAUUUUAAGAAAGAAGAAAGGUGAAAGAUGCUGCCACUAGCAUGGCAGUGGACACAGGGAAUUAUGUAAUGGAAAUUGCAGCUGGCCAGUCCAUUUUCCAUGACCUAUAGCCAAACCUAAUGAUAAAUCCCUUGUGUGCUUCUUUUUGCUUUUUCCUGCAGAUGAGUUGCUAGAAUAUGAAGAAAGAAAGCGGCAGGCCGAGGAGGAGAAGCAGCCGCUGCCCGAACUGGUCCGUGCCAAGGUGCCUUUCAGCUCCUGCCUAGAGGCCUAUGGGGCCCCAGAGCAAGUAGAUGACUUCUGGAGCACAGCCUUGCAGGCCAAGUCUGUGGCGCUCAAGUGAGUUGGGGGAGCAGGGAGGCAGUGCUAGCAAGUUUGAAAUCCGGGGCAUGCAAGGAAAUAAACCUUGCUGAGGAUUGCAUUUGUGUCAUCGUAGUACAGUUGUACCUUGGAAGUCGAACGGAAUCCGUUCCGGAAGUCUGUUUGACUUCCGAAACAUUCGGAAACCAAACCGCAGCUUCCGAUUGGAAGCCGCGUCGGACAUUCGGCUUCCAAAAAUAGUUCGCAAACUGGAACACUCACUUCUGGGUUUGCGGCGUUCGGUAUGCAAAACGUUCGAGAACUAAGCUGUUUGAAAACCAAGGUGCGACUGUAUUAGUGCCAUUGUGGAGUUGUUUCCUGUUGCUGUGAAGCUUUUGUGUCGUUCAAUGAUCUUCCCAAGGAACUGGACCCUACCAAAUUGCAGACAGUUUUCCUAAAACAGGACCCCUUUUCCCCAUGUAGGAAAACACUAAGUGUGGCAGAGGAGCACCAGCUGGGCAGACACCAGGCUCUUGCACAGACAGGCCUGGUUGGCAGACAUUGGGCACAGUUUGAAGUCCUGGCUGGAGGCAUUAGUGGCUUUGACAAACAAUGCAUAUUAUAAGAUUUGAGAAACAAAGCUGCACCACCGAACCAGAGCUGAUGAGGCCCAGAGAGUGGGAGACCUAGGUGCUAGAAACCUGUGUGACACAAUUUCCAGUCAUGUUUCUCAUCAUCGGAAACAAAAGGCAUGAGCCCAUUUGCCUCCCCUUGCAGCACCAGUGACCAAGGGAUGACGUGCCAUGGUUUGGUAACGUUCCCCUUCAUUGUAUACAGCUUACCUGAAUGGGUAGGCAAACUAAGGCCUGGGGCCCAAUCACCUUCUAAAUCCAGCCCACGGAUGGUCCAGGAAUCAGCGCGUUUUUACAUGAGUAGAAUGUGUCCUUUUAUUUAAAAUGCAUCACUGGGUUAUUUGUGGGGCAUAGGUAUUCGUUCAUUAUUAUUUUUUCCAAAAUAUAGUCCCAGCCCCCCACAAGGUCUGAUGGACAGUGGUGAAAAUGUUGAAAGUGGCUGAAAAUGUUUGCUGACCCCUGGCUAGAUCCUACAUAGGAGAUACUCCCCUCACCUGCAUAUUUUCCAUGAGUUGGGUCUGCUGUUCUCCCACUGCCCACAGGAUUUGUGGAGAAAACAAAAACCUGGGCUGUUGCUCCCUCUCAAUUUGUGCAGAUUGUGGCUGAUGCUAUGGCAGCUGGGAAAGUGAGAGGGGCUCUUUACUGCCUUGCCUUAGUCAAGUAAUUACCCAGAAUGGCGCGCCCUGCACAGCUUCUUGACUUGGGAGGGAAUAGCUCAAAUCAUAUUUGGAUAUCCCUCAUAUCCAAAGUUAACUCCAGCCCCUUGGCAAAUUCCCUACCUGGGAAUAAUUUGGGGAGGAGGGGAAGACUGAGCAACAACAGCCUCCUUAGCCAGAGAAGUGGCUGCAAUCACACAGGUGCAGCUGCCUGUGAAGGAUGUCUGCUUCAUCCUGUUUCCCCUCAGUCCAUUUCCUCCUCGUUUUGCUAGCUAGUGGAUGGGGAAAACUACUGGGUUCUUCCAUUUGGAAGGCUGCCAAGUGCCAUGGCCUGAUGUUCUGCCAGCAUGUCUCCCUUGUCUACAACCAGAAACAGCCCGUCUGCUAUUCAUUGUAAUUUAUGACAAUGAAUGGACUGAUUCAGUCAGUAUAUGAGAGAGAGAGAGAACAUCCUUCUCUCUCUCUCUCUCUCUCUCUCUCUCUCUCUCUCUCACACACACACACACACACACACACACUGUGCAUAAUUGCUCACUCACUAAAACACACUUGGAUUCUGAGCAAGCUUUGAAUGAAUAAAAGUAAAAGAAACACAUGCCAGGCACAGGGAGGAGACUGAUUAGCUACAAUCUGCAAAUCCAUAUCACAGAGGAAUGGGAUCUGGGUGGGACAACUUCUUCUUCUUUGGCGAUGACUCGUAGCUGAGUAAGAUUGUCUUCCAUAAACACGGUUUUAACAAUGAGUCUGUAAGUGACUGUGGAGGCCAAUUCUGGAUCCACACAUCCUUCCACAGUGGGGACAUUGGUUUCCGGGUGUGAGUUGAUCACGGUGUGGAUUUGCCAAGCGUGCCUUCCUCUUAGCACGUUUCUCCCUUGCAUCCUGAGUUUGAGUGUCUUCAAAGCCCAUGACACCUUUGAUAAAGGCUGUUCUCCAACUGGAGCGCUCACAGGCCAGUGUUUCCCAGUUGUCAGUGUUUAUAAUACAUUUUUUUUUAGAUUUGCCUUGAGAGAGUCUUUAAACCUCUUUUGUUGACCACCGGCAUUACACUUUCCAUUUUUAAGUUCAGGAUAGAGUAGCUGCUUUGGAAGACGAUAAUCAGGCAUCCGCAUACCAUGAUCAGUCCAGCGAAGUGUAUGGAAUAGGACUGAAAGUUUUAAAGGAACUGAUAAGCUACAGCUAUAUUUUGCACAGAAACAUACAAACAUUUCUCCAAUUCAGAAAGUACCAGCACAGGCAAAGGGUAAACCUCUCUUUUUUUGUCCUUCCACCUGUGGAAGGAAGACCUAUCACAUUGUUGGACAUCUUCAGCUCAAAAGUGUACAGUUGCCCCUUUGGAACUCAUUUGUUUGUUCUGUUAGCCUUGUGACUGGUGGCUUCCAUUUUUCUGUUUUGUUUGGUAUGAAACAACGUGCAUCCUUAGUAGAAGCAAGUUAAGCAAAUGUGUGCACGGUCCCUGCAGAAAGUGGGAAGCUUGCGAGAAUCCAAGAAACUGUAAGCUUGCAACUGCUGCUCCAUGUGAGAGUCUAUAUUGAGGAGUCUCCCUUCUCUCUUGGUUGGGUAUUGCUUACCUUUUGAAAUGGGAUGCUUCACUAGCUCUUCCUCUCAUUUUUUAGGACAACCCGGUUUGCAUCCUUCCCAGAUUAUCUCGUGAUCCAGAUCAAGAAGUUCACUUUUGGCCUAGACUGGGUGCCCAAAAAACUCGGUAAGAGGGCUAUUCUUGGAGGUUUUUUGUACAUUUUGUGCUUUCAUCUUGUAUUUUUAUGCUGUGAACUGCCCUGAUAUCUACGGAUGAAAGGUGGUAUUAAAAUGUAAUAAAUAAAUAAAAUGUUGGGAAAUCACGGGUUGUCCAGGGUUGGGAGUGACGCCUCAUAAUUCCAGCAUGGCAACUCUUGUCGCUGCACCAGAUAUUCCAUCCUAGUUGACAAGUGUAAUGACAGUACUUAGCAAAGAUAUAUGGUGUUUCUGAUUGUUCAAAGUGGUUCAGCUCUCCGGUAAUCCUUAAAAUACCCUUGUGAGGUAGGCCACUAUUAUCUGCAAUUGUAGAUAUGGGGGAAAUGAAGGGGGGGCACCACAGGAUGUUAGGUUGCUUAAAACUACCUGGUAGGUUAAUAAUAAUAGAAAUUUAUUAUUUAUAUGCCACCCAUCUGGCUGGGUUUCCCCAGCCUCCCAACAGAAUAUUAAAACACGAUAAAGCAUCAAAAAUUAAAAACUUCCCUAAAAGGGUUGCCUUUAGAUGUCUUCUAAAAGUCAGAUAGUUGUUUCUUUCCUUGACAUCUGUUGGGAGGGCGUUCCACAGGGCGGACACCACUAUCGAGAAGGCCCUCUGCCUGGUUCCCUGUAACCUCACAUUUCACAGUGAGAGAACCGCCAGAAGGCCCUCGGAGCUGGACCUCAGUGUCUGGGCUGAACUAUGGGGGUGGAGAUGCUCCUUCAGAUAUACUGGGCCAAGCCCGUUUAGGGCUUUAAAGGUCAGCACCAACACUUUGAAUUGUGCUCGGAAAUGUACUGGGAACCAAUGUAGGUUUUUCAUGACCAGUGUUAUAUGGCCUCAGCGGCCACUCCCAGUCACCAAUCUAGGUGCCGCAUUCUGGAUUAGUUGUCGUUUCCAGGUCACCUUCAAAGGUAGCCCCACGUAGAGUGCAUUCAGUAGUCCAAGCGGGAGAUAACUAGAGCAUGCACCAUUCUGGCGAGACAAUCUGCGGGCAGGUAGGGUCUCAGCCUGUGUACCAGGUGGAGCUGGUAGACAGCUCCCCUGGAUACAGAAUUGACCUGCGCCUCCAUGGACAGCUGUGAGUCCAAAAUGACUCCCAGGCUGCGCAUCUGGUCCUUCAAGGGCAGAGUUACCCCAUUCAGGACAGGGGAGCCCUCCAUACCUGUCCUCCCCGUCCCCCCAAAACAGUACUUCUGUCUUGUUGGGAUUCAGGCUCAAUCUGUUAGUCGCCGUCCAUCCUCCAAGAGCCUCCAGACACUCACACAGGUUUGUGGCUGUGGACUUCCUGGUUCAUGGUCUCUGCCACUACGCAACAUCUAUUCUUAGGAGCCUCUCCUUAUCGGUGGCCUUGUUCUGUUAGCACGUCCAUAGAUUGUGGCGUUUUCUUUCAUUUUUUACGCUAGCCUUCUUUGUUUAGCCAAUUUACCUUUGACACAAUCCCUGACCUGAUCCCCAUUGUGCUGCUUGCGUUGACAGAUGUCUCCAUCGAAAUGCCAGAUGAGCUGGACAUCUCUGCACUCCAGGGGACGGGACUGCAGCCUGAGGAGGAGGAGAUGCCUGACAUAGCGCCUCCGCUGGUGACGCCAGAUGAGCCCAAAGGUAGCCUGGGUUUCUAUGGCAACGAGGACGACGACUCCUUCUGCUCCCCUCACUUCUCCUCUCCGACAUGUUAGUGACUCUUCUCCUUUCCUCUCUUCCUUGAGUCUCUCACUCACUCACUCACUCAACCCCCCCUCCCUCUCUCUCCUUGUGUCCUGUCACCUGUGUCAGUGCCUUUCCUUCUCCUUGCUCAGUCUGUCUUCCUGUCAGCUCUUCUGUCGAAUUGCUGGCUGCCUGACUCUGCACCACCUUACACUACAUCUCAGGAUCCACUAUUGAAUCAUGGGGGCUUCAGGGAUGGAAUUGUAAAGUCUGAAUCUUACCGGGUGUGUUUCUAGGGAAUCACCCGCCCCCCUUUCUUUUCUUUUUUUAGCCUGAGUCAAUCACUGUUGAAGAUUCAUUCCCCGUGUCUGCAGUCAUGGGAUUGUUGUCUAUCACAUGACUCUGUAUGUUUUCAUUCCACAGAGUGGGAAGUGAUGGAGACAGGAUGUUUGUGUUACUGUGUGCCGUGAAGUGGGACUAUUGUCCUUUGUCUCUUUGCUGUCUGAUGCUAGAGAGAGAGGGAGCCAUGCUGCAGUGCUCUGUGUGUGUUUUUAUGUAAAUAAAGUAGAUUAGCCAAAAUGCUGAGCUACUGAGUUCUGUUACGCAAACUGCGAAAUACUCUGCGUACCUGUAAGUGUGCCGAUGUCUGUUGGCAUCGGUCGCUGUGAUGUUCGGGCACAAGAAAGCUUUUGAAGCUCCCAAACGAUCGACCAGGAGGGAGAGAACAUGCCAGUCAGGCAUUUGUCUCUGCCAGGGUCCUACUCGAGAGUAGGGGCUCCUAACAACCACGCUCAAAUCCUGUCUCUGAGGCACAUCUGUUUAAGAGCUGUGUUCUCCUUUCACAUCUUUUCCCCCAUCUAAUGAGACCUGUGGUGCCCUGGAGCUUUCCGAACCCUUCGUUAACUGAGACCUUGAAUCCCACCAUGAAAUUAGCAGAGUGAAAUGUUAUGGCAAUGGAUGGGGCAUAGUGCACCUUCAGCCUCGUUCAGAAGAGGUAUUCCAGAGAAACAAGCCUCUGCGAUCCUUGGCAAAGUCCGUUUCUUGUCAAAGGGCACUUGCACCUCCUCUGCUCGUAGUCAUUGUCACAUGCAGCAUGUACAUUUCCUUUAGAGAAGACCUGUGCAGCUGUGGCCCACCAAACUGAACGCAGCCCACCAGCUAGAAAGUGUAGCCUGCCAGCAGCUUGACAACCCUCCCAGUCGUCAUAAUUCCUCUGGCUCUCUCAGAAGUCAGUGGCGAAAAGCUCCACUAUUGUCUGCCUGAUCUCCCACCUGAAGGUAGGGCAGCUACCAAAGUCUCCACUGACUGCUCUCAGGAUCAGGUUUGUGAAAUCUCAAAGAAACCGUAGUAUGUCAAGGGCGAAACCGACCUAGUAGGAUGUUCCCCAUCUCCCGUUCCUUAAAUACUUUUGUCGGGAUGGUGUUGUUUUGGCAACAGCCAGAACAGGAGACUGGUGGAGCUGCUGGCUAGCAGGCUACCAUAUAAUAAUAAUAAUAAUAAUAAUAAUAAUCUUAUUUAUAUGUCACCCAUCUGACUGGGUCACCCCAGCCCCUCUGGGCAGCAUGUGGGUUUGGUGAGCCACCAGUUGCACAGCCCUGUGAGGAAGGUAUGGAUGGGAAUAGGGCUUGGUCUAUCUUUAAAAAAAAUAAAUGCUUUUUUGGGGGGGGGGGGGGGGACAUACCUCACAUCAACCAAAAAGGAAGAAGACGAAGAAAAGAGAGGCAUCACAAUGCAUAUAGAAUUGUCCCCCUAGUUAUUAUGAACCCAUAUUGUUCAACAAUAGUACUGUAUUCGUUACGAAGCAUGGUGUUGUAAAUCAUGGUCAUUGUUUGCCAUCUCAUCCCAGGCUUGGUCUGUCUUUGACUCCUCUUUAAGAAAUGUGCGCGGAGCUGGGGAGGUGGUUAUGCCUCUCCCAGCAACUGCUUGUUGCCGCUGCAGGAGUGGCCAUUUCCAUAGACUGCUGGAUACAGGCAUGGCCUUGGCGAAGACGCAUAGUGUGUGCGAGAGAGGAAACCUGCAGAGCGGAAGGCUGGGGCCUGGUCCUGCGAAGUGCUUGGCCAGAAGUGGUGCUUUCUGGAGACCUCUAACCCUUUCCCCUCCCAUUGCAGCCCCCAUGUUGGAUGAGUCUGUGAUUACUCAACUGGUGGAGAUGGGCUUUCCGAUGGACGCCUGCCGCAAAGCUGUGUAUUACACUGGGAACAGUGGGGCUGAGGCGGCGAUGAACUGGGUCAUGUCCCACAUGGAUGAUCCAGGUACGUCAGCAGUGUGGGUCCCUAUUCUCAGGGCAUUAAAUUUUUCCUCCUGCUGGGAUUAGGACAUGUUGGGCGGGGAAACUCCAUGGCUCCCACCUUUUCCCUCGUUCUUCUUUUCUCUAGAUUUUGCAAAUCCUCUGGUUCUUCCUGGAUCCAGUGGACCAGGUUCCACCAUCGCUUGUCCAGACCCUCCAUCAGAAGACAGUGUGGCCACCAUCGUCUCCAUGGGCUUUUCCCGGGAUCAGGCCAUGAAAGCGCUCAGAGCUACGGUGGGUCAAGGGUGAAAGAUGAGCAGAACAUUCCUCCUCUUCUGCUUCUCCUCUGCAUCAUUGUGCCUGGAACUGUGCCCUUUGGGGGCAGGGGGGAAGAAUUGGGUGGGCUCCUAGCUUGACUGUUUGCAAUCCUCUCCUCCGCAGAAUAACAGCCUCGAGCGGGCUGUGGACUGGAUCUUCAGCCAUAUUGACGACCUGGACGCAGAAGCGGCCAUGGACAUUUCGGAGGGGCGUUCGGCGGCCGAAUCCAUAUCUGAAUCUGUCCCUGUAGGGCCAAAAGUGCGUGAUGGAUCUGGAAGUGAGUCUGCAACCCUGGGGGAGUUUUGGCUUUCGAGGGUUGAGUAGUUUUGGUACCCUGGCGCUUUAGAACAUCGUGGUCCAUACUGUGGUUGCCUAGAUCUGUGCCUCACCCAUCAGUCUGCAUCCCAAGCCCUGAAGCCCUUAUUUAUUUCUCCCCACCCCACUCCCAGUUGGGAGCUUGGCACCAAAUUGACCUAGAUAAUUUGCUCCCAUAAGAUAGGGUGAUAGCUGCUGUCUUAGGUGGCUUUAAAACCGGGAUUGGACAAGUCAUGGCGGCUGGGGCUAUAAAAGGCUCCUAGCCAUAUUGGAGAAGGUACCUGUGAAUUCCUUAUGCCAGCCAGCAAACAAUGCAGGAAGGGUUAUUGCCGUUGUUUCCUGGAAAUAACUGGGUGGUUAUGGGUGGCAACUAGAUGGGCACUGGCCAGGUCCAGAAAGGCUCUUCGACUGACUUUAUCUGAACCAGUCUUGUGUCCUCUGGCACCUUCUUUAAGGGGACGGGAGUGUUUGAAGACAGACUUGGUGCCGUUCCAGAUUAUCACACACACACAGAUGCACAUGCCAUGGCCUGCCUCUCAUCUGUACAUGUCAAUGAGGCUGUUCUUCAGGACAGCUCAUCCAGUCUCAUAAUGUACCAGAUCCUACAUUGAUUCGUGCAUUGCAGAGGGUUGGACUAGAUGACCCUCGGGGUCCCUUCCAGCUCUUCAGUUCUACAAUUCUACUAUCCUCUGGCGGUUUGAGGGAGAGCUAUGCAGAGAGGGUAGCAAGCAUGCUUGACUCCUUCCUUUCGCUCUUUCAGAAUACCAGCUUUUUGCCUUCAUCAGCCACAUGGGCACAUCCACUAUGUGUGGCCAUUACGUCUGUCAUAUCAAGAAGGAUAGCAGGUAAGGGGGAAACAAAAGUACCUUUUGAGAGAGUUGGGGGGGCGGGCGGGGUGGACAAGGAAGGAUUCUGAAGGCAGCCAGCCAACUAGAUUUGUGUUACUUACAAUCUAACCCUAAAAAUUAAACAAGGCAGUCCAAGCGGAAGUUAGAAACAUGAAUUUUCAGCAAGUUGGCAGUUUUUUACUCCCGGUGCAUAUUCCUUGGUCUGCAGUGAAAUAUGUCUUUGAAUUUUGUAGGCAGUGAAGAAGCCCUGUAACUGCCUUGAUCGGCCAUUGCGGAAGGGCAGCUUGGCUACUGGAAGUGCCCAUAUGCUGGGCUAUGUGUGCUUUUUAAAUAAAAUUCUGCCCCAAAGGAAUCCCAAGCCUGUAAUGCCCAUUACGCAAAGUGGCGUUUUAGAGGGGGGAAAUAAUAAUUGUGCCCUAUUGAUACAUUGUUUCACUUACAUUUGAGAGUGGGGGGUGUAAUAGCUAUGUUGAAUAUCUUAUUAUCUCACCUCUCUGGCUGCUGAGAUUUAAGCAGGCAUUCGAUCGGUUCACUUCGGAGCAUUCUUUGCCACCAUAAGGACUAGAAACUUGGUUUCCUUUCAUAAAAGGAAAAGAAAUAAUUUCAAUAAAUCCCUCUUCUCCCCGCCCCACUCCAGAUGGGUGAUCUACAACGACCAGAAAGUCUGCGCCUCUGAAAAGCCUCCAAAGGAUCUUGGCUACAUCUACUUCUACCAGCGAAUCUCCAGCUAGGACCCUCUCCUGCCAGAUGUGGAGUAGGAGCCAGGCGAUGGCAGGAGGAGGGGAAAUGGCAGCGAUGAAUGCAACGAAGAGGGCCAACUCUCAACCCCUAUGUGUCUGUGUGCCACUGCUGCGGCCCCAGGAGCAGUAUCCCUCCUCGAGGAAGCUGGAGUUUGCUGCCCCUCUGGACACUGGUGGGCGGGGGUGGGGGUGGGUUUGAACCUCUGUGUAAGAGCAAGAAGGCGGGGAAUAUAUAUCUCACUGAACCCAGGCACCCAGGGGACAUCUGUGCACAACAUGUUUCCUCUUGAUGUAACUAUAACACGCUUGGACAAUUUAGAAAGGGGUGGGGACAGGAGGGAGCACUUGGGUUACGUGUGGCUUUCUGUACCAUAUAGGGCGGCUUUCCCCCCCCUCACCCCCACCCUGGGAAUUGUGCUGGGGGGAACCUGGGCCGUAAAGUUAGCACCAGUUCUUCAUGUGCCCCUUAUAUGCCAAAACACAAAGGAUCAAAUAAAAACCUUGUACCCCCCUUCCAGCAA